AUCAUCCCAGCCACACUUUUCCACCCAACUUUCCCAAUUCAUCAUCAAUCCAAAGAAAAGAAUGAAGUAUUUUACAAGACAAGAUUCAAGAUUUCUCUCCAAGAAAACCACAACAAGAUUCACACCAUUUGCAGAGAAGCCAUGGCUGCUGCUGCUGCGAAGGUCUGCCCUGAGAACGCGUUCAGGUACAAUGGCUCACUGUGCGCUUGCAAUCCUGGGAUGUUCUUCUCCAAUGGCAGCUGCUCGUUGUUUGCGACGUCGGAGAAGGACUGGUCGAUUGGCUCCGGAGUGACUUCCACGCCGACGUUCUUGACCACUGUGCUGCCGCUGGAAUCUAUCCGAAGGAUCACGCAGUCACAGGCUGUGCUGCUUGAGGCUACGUUGGUUGCGCUGGUGAUCUGGUUGCUGUUCUGUGUGGGUGUGAGGUUUGGGAGGGUGGAUGGUGGGCGGAGUGUCUGGUUUCGCAUUCGGUGGUGGAUUAGUAGAUUGGAUGUUUCCUUUGCCACCAACCAUUGGCUGGAUGAUUGCCAGGUCGUACAAAAACGGCAAACAGAACUAGGUGGAACAUUUUCUGUGGCAUGCUGGAUGCUUUUUGUUGGAUUGUUGUCGGCGUUACUCUAUCAGAUUAUAGCAAAAAGAAACAUUGAGGUGCAUAGAGUCAGACCAGCUAAUGCCCCAGAUUUAUUAGCAUUCGUGAAUGAUUUUGAAUUCAACAUCACGACAAUUUCUAGUAUGACUUGUUCUAAUCUACGCAGUCCUGAUACCUUGGUAACUGGGCUCCCUGGUUUUGUUGAUUACAGAGUCUUCCCUCUGUCAACUUACAUAAAUUAUCACUGUUAUAAUACCAGCAUGGGACCAACUGUCUCUCUUAGAUGCAGCAAUUGUCAAGUUCCUCGAAGGGACCACUUUAUUUCAUGGCAUUUUGUUGAUCUUCCAAAUAACCCUGCCACUGCUGUUGGUUUUCUGUUCAAUCUGACUGCAAAAGAACAUGGUUAUGGCAAAUAUAUGAGCUAUGUUAAUGGCACACUGAAUUCAAAUUCAGAUAACAAGCCGCAAACCUUCAGAGGGCCAGACUUGAAUAUAUUAAAGAUUCAUCUGUUUCCUCAGAACUAUAUUCGUUUGCAUAAGUUAAAGCUCAUUCAACCUCUAUUUCAUGACUUCAUUCCUGGAUCUUCAAUAGCUGAAGUGAACAAGCUCCAGUCAUCUCUUCAAAGUCCCAAUGGUGGAAUAAUUAAUACUACAUUAUAUAUCAGCUAUCUUGCUGAUUAUGUUGUGGAGAUUGACAAGGAAAAUAAUAAUGGCCCUGUGGGUUUCCUUGCGGAUAUUGGUGGUCUCUAUUCAAUUAGCCUUGCAAUUUUCCUUUACUUAUUGUGGCAAUGUGAGGGAAGAUUCAAGAAAUUGCGCUAUGAGGAUAGUGUCAUGAGGGAAAUCAAAAGCCGGAGACGUGCUCAACGAAAUUGGAAUAAGUUGAGGAAAUUUGUGAUGUACACAUGGGGCCCUAGUAACUUGGAUGGGAAUGGCAUGAUUAAUAAAGGGAAAGGCAAGUUUAGGUUAGAUUAUUCUUGCGGUAUUGAAUCUUUGCAUAACAGAGAACAACCAAGAAGAAAAGAUACUAACUGCUCCAACAAAAUGGUUGACUUCAAUGUUGAAACGGUUACAAAGAUCGAGCCCUAAUACACUGAAACUCCUGUGGUUUCUAUAAGUAAUCAAAUCUGCAUUAUUUAGCUUACCUGCUUAUCUGCAUUUUUCUGUUGGUGGAUUAUAGAGGAUACUUGACAUCAAAGAUGGCAGCGAAAGAUAAAUUAUUUUUGCCAAGCAAGAGCAUCUUAGUCUAUUUUGCUUACAUGAGGAACUGUUUCAUCUUUGGAGGAAUUGCUGAUGUUCGGAUGACUUCAAAGUUUGGUUUAAGGGGCCCAUACAUUUGCUUGACUCUUUGUAGGACUAUGUCUUCCAGACGACUGCUGAAAGGAUGCCGUCUACUAAUUGAUGUUUUACGCAUCCGUUACCAUUUAGUGAUUCCUCAUGCAUGGAGUAUCUGGAAGAAUCCCCUGGAUAUUCCUUGAAGGCUAAUCAUUUGAGAAUGGAAGUCAUGUUUGUCUGUAAAUUGUGCAUUUUAGAAUCAAUAGUUAUUGUUUCAGGCUUUGGAUAUCACCAUAUUUGCCAUAAUGAUAAUGUGAAUACAAAGGAAUUGAAAAUUACUGUUACUUGUGAUGUUAUUAGUAUCGUUAGUUCAGCUCAUAAUUGUAAUGCAACUUAAACUUACACCGGAAAGCUCAUAUUGUGAGCUCAUAAUUACAACUACUGUUCAUGAA